CAAGAGGAAGCAGAGAUGGCAGCAGCAAGACGUGUGUUCCACCUUCAGCCAUGUGAGAGUCCCCCCCCGGCAGCGAUGUCCAGAAAUGGAUACUUUUUUGAAGAGACUGGGUACUUCUGGACCUCUGGUUACCAUAAGUGUGACACAGAUGACGGCUGUGACCCCAAAGAGGAAGAAGGAGUUGGAGGAGAGGAGCUUUUUGACACUGUACACUCAUCCAUCGUCUCUGGAGAGAGCAUCAGGUUUUUUGUAAAUGUCAACUUGGAAGGCCCACAAAGUGCUGCAGCGGAAAACGAGAGUUCGGGCUGCGUAUUACUACAUACAUCAAGGAAAUACCUGAAGUUAAAGAAUUUUGAGGAAGAGGUCCGGGCACAUCGGGACUUGGAUGGCUUCCUUGCCAAAGCUAGCAUCAUUCUGGAUGAGACAGCAACCUCUUUGGAUGACGUCCUUCGGGAGAUGCUUAAGCACUUUGUGGAAGACCCAGAGAAUGCAGAGCCCACCUGUAACUUUGACAAAAUCAUGAGCACUUUAUUUACUGAUUCUGGGGCUCCCAGGGAAGGAAAUGUUCACCUUCUCUCUGACACGAUUCAAGGAGUUACAGCAACCGCCACUGGGGUUCAAUACCAGCAAUCUUGGCUUUGUAUAAUUUGCACUAUAAAGUCCCUUCAGAGACGUCAUGUUUGUAUUAGCCGACUUGAGAGGCCGCAGAAUUGGGGUGAAAAUUCAUGUGAAGUGCGAUUUGUAAUUUUGGUCCUGGCGCCUCCCAAAAUGAAAAGUACCAAGACUGCAUCUGAAGUUGGAAGAACCUUUGCCACCAUGUUUUCAGACAUCGCUUUUCGGCAGAAACUUUUAGAAACUAAAACGGAAGAGGAGUUUAAGGAAGCUUUAGUGCACCAGCGACAUCUCUUAACAGUAGUAAACAGGCAUUCGUCAGUGAAUGAUAGCCACAAGGUCAACAGCCACAAACCUCUGAAGGAUCUGCUUCUGAUACCAACAUCCGGGCAUCCCAGACAGGUUUGCCACAAAUCACUUGUGUUUUCUCUGCAAGAAUUUUUCAAUGUGGGGAAGGGAAUAUUCGAUGACAUAGCACGCAGAUUACCAGUAUACCCUUUGGAUUUUACAGACGGUAUAAUUGGAAAUAACAAAGCCAUAGGAAAGUACAUUACAACUAUGAUUUUCUUGUACUUUGCCUGCCUCCUGCCCUCAAUAGCCUUUGGCUCUUUGAACGAUGAAAGCACUGCAGGGGUGAUUGAUGUCCAAAAAACCAUUGUUGGACAAUGCAUUGGCGGUGUUAUUUAUGCGCUAUUUGCUGGACAGCCUUUGGUUGUUCUUUUAACGACGGCGCCUCUGGCAUUAUAUAUUAAUGUUAUCAGAGGAAUCUGCGAUGACUACAAAUUGGAUUUUAAAGCGUUCUAUGCAUGGACUGGACUGUGGAAUAGCUGUUUUUUAAUUCUGUAUUCUCUGUUCAAUUGUAGUCUCUUGAUGAAGCUCUUCAAAAGGUCAACAGAAGAAAUCAUAGCACUUUUCAUUUCUAUAACAUUUGUGCUGGACGCACUUAAAGGGAUUAUCAAAAUUUUCAAAAAGUAUUAUGUUGACGACACUCCAGGCUCACUCAUAUACUAUGAAAAGGGAUCUGUGGAACCAUUUCCCAGUCUAAACAUCACCCCUGACAGUAUACUAAACUCAACCUUCAACAGCUCCCUAAUGCUGCAGAAUCAUAGCAUGGAUCAUGAUGACCAUCCGCACGGGAGAGAGUCUGCUGUCCUCAGCCUUAUGCUGAUGUUUGGGACACUCUGGUUGGGUCACACGCUUUACCAGUUCAAGAAAAGCCCUUAUCUGCACUCAAGAGUGCGUGAAAUGCUGUCAGAUUGCGCUCUUCCCAUAUCCGUGCUCACCUUCUCUGUGAUUGGUUCUUAUUUCUUCAAGGAAAUACACAUCGCUAAAUUUAAUUACAAGACUGAGAGUUUGUUUGUGGUGUCUCAUAUUGGAUCGUUAUCAAUGGGCUCCAUAACCAGUGCGAUGGGACUGGGAUUCUUGCUGUCUAUGCUUUUCUUCAUAGAGCAGAACAUUGUAGCAUCUCUCACAAAUGCGCCAGAAAACAGAUUAGUUAAAGGCACUGCUUAUCACUGGGAUCUCCUGCUUGUGGCCCUUAUUAACACAGGACUGUCUGUUCUUGGGAUGCCCUGGAUACAUGCCGCCUUCCCACACUCACCCAUGCACGUCCGAGCACUGGCCAAUGUGGAGGAGAGAGUGGAGCACGGACAUAUUUAUGAGACGAUUGUGAGCGUGAGGGAGACUCGUCUGACAUCGCUGGUAGCAAACAUCCUGGUGGGCCUUUCCCUCUUCCUCCUGCCGUACCCUCUUCAGUGGAUCCCCAAGCCUGUGCUGUACGGCCUCUUCCUGUAUAUUGCCCUGACCUCCAUUGAUGGGAGCCAGCUCUUUGAGAGGGUGGCCUUACUGUUGAAAGAGCAGACGGCGUACCCACCAACUCAUUACAUCAGGAGAGUGCCACAAAGAAAAAUCCACUAUUUCACAGGCCUGCAAGUUGUUCAGCUCAUUAUCCUGUGUGGCUUUGGGAUGUCUCCGCUUCCCUACAUGAAGAUGAUCUUUCCUCUAAUUAUGAUAGGGAUGAUACCCAUCAGAUACAACCUACUGCCCAAAAUUAUUGAAUCAAAGUAUCUGGAUGCUAUGGAUGCUGAGCACUAAUGUGGAUUUCUUUUCCUGGGGAUUUCUGGAUCUUUUAACUUGGCCGGGAUGGAUUACAGUUAUUGGAGAUCUAUUUUUACAUGUGACUCUGGAUUUGUAUGGUUACAGCUUUACAGGGGAGAACUAACCAAAGCCGAGGCCAAGACUGGAACUCUUUCAAAGACAGAAGCAAACCAACAUUAUUACAGUAAUAACUGGAAAAGCCCAAAGAUGAUAAUUUUGUUUUAUUGCAUUUUGAAUUGUAAGCGUAUUGUUUUAUUUUUAAAAGUACUUUAUAUCUCGAAAGAACCAAAUGUUUAUUUACCCUGGACUACAACCAUCCUCUUUCCGCCAUUUCAAAAAAUGGUGCGGGCCAAAAAAUGGAUGGUGGUGUUUUCUCUCCAAAUUAAGCUUGCAAUACUAUUGAUAUUAUUUUUUUGAAGUUAUUUUAUUAAAGACAUGCUGGACUGAAUUCUUGGGAAAUUGAAGGAAAUCUUUUUGGUAUCGCCAUAUAUAGAUUUGACUGUUUGGAAACUGGAGGACUUUGGACAAUUCUGUCGCUAUAUACAUGGAAAUGUCAACAAAGAGACCAAAAGUAUUUGGUUCUAGUCCUUUUUUAGUAGCUACUAAUAGAGCAGCUAUAGAAUGUAAGCUAUCUGGGAAUUGUUAGGACUUUUUGUGUUUAUAUGUUUUAAAAAAAAAAAAAAUGUUUAAAUUGGAGUUGUGAAUUUGCACAGCAGCAACGUUGGCAUUAUGUACCGAUUCACGCAGAGUUCAGCACUUCAGCUUUAAAGCGUAUAUGUGUUCAUGUGUACGAACAUCCUUAUGUACAUAUUUGAUGGUGCAUUUAAAAUGCAUAUUUAUGUAUAAUGUUUAUACACUAGUGAAAGGUGUCAUACUAGCAUCUAAUGCUUUUUUCCCCUUCCCACAAACAAAUAUAAAUACUGGAAGGGAGUGGGUUUUCUAAAUGAGACUUAAGGUGGUAAGUGGAAGUUAAUGCUCCCAUUUACAACCUUAACCCUUUAACAGGUUAUAUUUGCAGUAGCACCUUCCUUAAAAAGCUUAUAACUUAGUUAUUUUUCAGUGCACAGUGCACCAUAUCUGGGAAAGAGGUUUUUAUUGGGAGUAAUGGUUUGGUAACGUUUUACAAGUAAUGGGAUCCGAUAGGAUGUCUUAGAUGAUUAACUUUAACAUCGAUGUAUGACCUCUGCUUAUGUAAUCUCAAAGGUAUUACAGUAUGCAUGAUUGUUCAAGACUUGAUCUCAGUGAUAUAUGAUUUCAUUGAUGGCAUGAUCUUGCCAACAUCUGUGGCCAUGAAUGCACAAAUGUAAUAUUUUUACCUCUGUCAAUUCUUUUAAAUGGAUUGUAGAAUCCAUGAAGUUCAAGACUAGGCAAGACGGUAAUGACCUAAUGAUCUGGUGGGAUCCUAAAGAAUGUAAUUUUUUUACUUUGUAACACAUUGGAGCCUAGGGGUUAGAAUCAGUCGGGAGGCUCCUAAAUCAUAAUAGAUUAAUAUGUUGGUUCAAAGGCAUUGUGUUCUAUAUUUUUGAAGCCAGCCACUGUGUUGUAUGCUAUCUCACCAAUGGCAUGUUUGUGUUUGCCUAUUCCAUUGAUGUUUUGUUUGAAUUGUUUCAGCCUGGUUGCUGAAAGUAGCGAUUCCUGCACAAUGCAGGUGUUAUUGUUUUACCAAAGCACACACUUUUUAUUUCAAACUGACUAUUACCUGACAGCCAGCUUCAAUACAUUUUCAGAUAUUACUAUAAUCUCUAGCAUCUGAUGUGAAUUUUGCAUGAUGCUUUCAAUGUUAGGCUGAAGUUAUACUGGUUUUUGUUUUCAGAAAAAGGAUAUUUUUGUAAAUAUUUAUGUGUUGGUUUAAGGUCAAAGUUAUAUGCGACUUUUAGACAAAUACCCUCCGUUUUGUCUACAUUUUGUUUGCAGUGAUAAUUUUUUUUCUUUGUAAACCUUGUCGAAGCCUUGUUUCUCAAGAUAGCUAUUAAUGUUUGAGCGAAGAAACAAUCCUUGCCUCAAUGGCUUUGGGCAUCCUGUAGUUUUAUAUGGAUACUAAGUAUCACUGCAAACAUGUGACCCCACAGUCUCUGAAUAUGUGCAGACUCAAAUGUGUUAUGAAAAGUGCUGCUUAAAGUGUGAGUUCCUGCAAUAAUUUCCCUUUUCAUUGUGUUUAAGACCAAUGAGAUGCAUGUGAGUGGGGUAACGUGGUGCAAUAUAUAAAGCAUUCUCACUCCAUGGGUUUAAAGGCAGAGUCCAUAUAAGUCAGAAAGUCUGCAUGCUCAUGUUCAGAGGGGUCCUGAGAACUACAUGCUGCUUGAAGUCAUGUUCUUUGCUACGAGCGGGUCUAUUCUGUAAAUAUUUGAUAUGUCUGGAAUAAAAAAGAGUAGAGCACCGAAGAAAAUUAUAUGAAUAAACAAUGGUUUAAAAUAA